UUGUUCAGUCGCAGCCAAGUAACUUAUUGUCGUCCAAGCUGCAGCAGCUCCCCGAGUCGUCGUCGUAGUCGGUGGUGUGACUGGCCAAGAUGUAAUCCAACGUCAUCCGCCUUGAGCUGCCUUCCACAUGAACAUCGGAUAAUGACGACGACGGGCUGGUGCUGUGGCUACUGCUCGUGCUGUCACUGGUAUUGUCCCAGUGGUGGUGCAACAUGGAUGGAAGAGCAUCAUUCUGGUACGAUUGGGAUUUGUCCCAAUUGUAGCUAGAGUAGGAAGGAUUGUACUGGGGAAGGUGAUGAGUAUUGAAAGCUCCCUGACUGGACGUUUGCUUGGUGCGUUUUUUGGUCUCGCUCUUGCGUUGGGAUUCAUUGGCUUUUUCCCGAUGGUCGUUACACAGCCGGUGGAGCGUGCCGUCCCUCUUAACGCCGCGGAGGUUGCGGCAUUUGUUGGUUUUGUAGAGGCAGGCAAAGUCGUUCGAGGAUGGGGACGCAUGCAGCGUCAUGGCGUCCAACUUGGGCAGCAGCAUGGGAUGGUGAUGGCUAGAUAUGGCGGUAGCAACGUUGUGGAACAGUUGAUUGUCCAUGGCAACGGAAAUUGAUUUGUGG